AGAUCCCCGCAGACCACUCCCUAGCCAUGAAGGCAAACCUCUCCAUCUCAUGGAACAAACUGCGCACUCUGAGACGAUGGUUGAAGAUGUUCCAUAUAUCGCUGGCCAGUGAGAGAAAGCAGCGUUCUCUAGCCAAGGAGACUGUAGGGGACAACAUAGCAGCUGAGAUGGUACCCUUCACUUUCCCUGCUGAAGGAAGG